UUCAAUGGUGAAUUUUCACUAAAAACUGUCUUAAUCAUAAAAAAUUCAUAUCUUGCAAAAGCUUUGGUUUAUAAGCCUAAAAGUGUCGCAGUGAGUAGACAACACCUAUCUUCAACUGUGGUGCAAAUUUCCGACUCCCAGCUGAUCAUGGUCGUGAGCUAUUAAUUAAUUAUUAUUAAUGGCAUUUUCAUUAAUUAACUCAUAUCUCCGAAAAAAUAUGGUUAUAGUAGAUGUGUUAAAUUUGUAAAGUUGUAUAAUUUCCAUUUAGUUACGAAAAGAAUAAUCACAUAUGAGUACAUUUGAACUUUAGAAGAAGAACACAUUCACUUACGAAAACUUCUUCUCUUAUCUUUUUUCUAUGUGAGAGCAUAUGACUGAUAUGGGCUUUUAUAGUGUCCCGAAAGUUAUGCACUCUGGGGUGGACUUAUAUUGCGUCCCUGGGUUACACAAAGUCAUUGGAUGAAAGGUUUGUAUUUGAACCAGGAUCAAAUGGGAUUUUAUUUUCUGUUUUAUAUUUUUAUAAUCUGUUGUAGUUAGUUACUAAGAUAUUCGGUAUUCUAGACUAUAGAGGGCGUUUUAAUCGUGUGGAAUAGUAAGUAUGUCAGUAACUAUAACAGAUCAUAAAAAAAGUGAAACAGAAAAUAAAAACGCAUUUGAUCCUUAUUCAACUGGAAAACUUUAAUUUCAUUGAAAUCUGUUAUCAAAAGAUUACGGGCUCAAGUAGCUAGUGAAUGCCUAUUGAUCUAAUUACUAUAAUCUAAAUGAAAAAAAAUUAUGAGCUCGUAUUCUUAUUCUAAGCUGACAAUAACAGUAAAAGUUAUUCGCAAACCAUGAUCGCGUAGAGAAGCAAAAUAAUUUUGCGUUUUACUGUUCUCCACGCUUCUACGUAAAUAAACAAGCACACUCACUGGCUGAUCUUACUAGCAUGAAUGCAGCCAUUAUGGUCUUCUAUCAGGCUCGCUGAGCUGUAACUAAACAGGACUUUGUUAAGAACGUAAAGGUCAGAAUAAAACGAAAAUCAUAUCAGUGCGCAUAUUCUCGAUUUAUAAAGGUUUAUUAAAUAGUUCGGAUCGCUCCACUCUACGCUAGCAAAAGCAGUAAUGAGUCAUCACCUAAGCUGAGAUCGAGCUUCCACGACCUUGUCUAAAUUUCUUGUUGUGACUAUACUUUUGUCCGAGGUUCUUGUGUGAUAAUUUAUUUCCAAGUAAAAGAUAGCAGCUGCAGUUACAGUAAAACUUUCUUAUGUAGUCAUCUCCGUAGUGGGCAGCGAUCGUUCUUUUUCGGUUCUAUUGUUUAAUGACCCUGUCUUAGAUUUUUUAAUUGUAGAGUGUUCUUUCGAGCUGAAUCAAUGCUUGUUCAUUUUUUUUUCGUCAAAACAGAAUGUUCUAAUAUUAAUUCUAUAGAAUACAAGUGUCCUGCAGGAAUUUGAUGACGAAGGAGAUAAAAACAAGGAAUUAGACGUGUUGUUGAUAAUAGAAUAUUUCUUAUUGAUUAUAGUGAAAGUAAUCGUUUGGAUUGUAGAAAAGAUGAGAAUGGCACUUGGCUAGCAGGCGGUUCAUCAAUCGAUUAUUUUGUUGAAUCAUCUCCAUAAAUAUUUAAUGUAACACGAAUUAAUUUUGAUCAAACAUGGACAUAUCGUACAAGGCAAGAACAUAAAUAUAUUGAACAUCAUGUUACAAAUGAUCAAAUAAUAUCUGUCGGACGUGCUUAUUAUAGGAAUAAAUCAAAUCCUGAAUUACGUCGUUUAGUGGUGUUUAGUAAGAAUAUAAAAAAUAAUGAAGAACAUCAUUUUCCUAUAUGCAUUCAAUAUGUUUGGAUUGCUGAUAAUACAACACGUUCAACCGGAAACCACAUGCAAAUGCUAAACGAAAUAUUCAACCGUUUCAGUCUCGUACAACAACUACAUUACGUGAAAUUCAAGCUACGGCAGUAACUGGCAAACCAACGACAACAUAUGCACAGCGUUUACAAGAUGGAGAACAGCAACAAUCAAAUAGUAGUACACAAAUGAUUAGAGAUAAAGAUCAAGUCAAUUAUGCACGGAAAAAUACUGUUAAUAUAUCUUUACACGAACAGUAUUUUGAAUUAAUGAAUCGUACUAGUACACAGACUGAUGGUUAUAUAGCUUCAAUGACAACAACACGCGGACAAAGUCCAAUGAUUUUAUUAUGUGAUCCAUUUCAAAUUCAAGAAGUGAUUAAGAAUUGCUGUAAUCCAGAUUGUGAAGAAAAUUCAAUACUUGGAGUUGAUACAAUAUUUGAUUUAGGAAUAUUUUACGUCACUCCUACAACAACAUUUCGUAAUCGAUGUGUAGGACAAGUUCGUACUGGUUAUUAUCCAUUAAUGUCCGGCCCAGUUUUAAUUAUUUAUAAUAAAAAUUUUGAAGCAUUUGAAACAUUUGUUGUUAUAUAUACAAGAUCUAUUAUGAAAGCCAUUAAUACACAUUUGUCAACAACAACACAUUUAUUGUGUACAAGACACGUUUUAAAAAAUAUUGAACGCAAAUUAAAAGAAAUGAACUCAUCUGAACGUGAUCGAGAUAAAAUUAUUAGUUCAAUAUUUUAUGACAAAGAUAGUUUAAUAUCUGCUGAAAGUGAUGAACAUUAUGAUUUGCUAUUUGAAAAUUUGCACGGUUUAUGGGAUGAUCAUGCACCAGAUGGCUUUGUAGAAUGGUUUAGAGAUUAUUACGAAUAUAUAUGGGAAUAUCUGUGGGUGUCUACUGAUUGA